AACAAAUAAAAUCCUUCCACACCUAGCCCUAUGCCAAGUCUUCUUUGCUUUGCGUUGCGCGAGAAGACGAAGACGAAGAAAGACAGACGCACCUUCUUUCCUCCUCCUCCUCUUCUUCUUCUUCUUCUUCGUCGGCCGGUGAGAAAAUGAUAUCGUCGACUUUCUGCAAGUUUUCUCUGUAAAUCGUGAGAACAGAUCGAAUCGAAUCAAUCGUGGCCAACCAUGGUGAUGAAGGAGGUAGCGGGCGGGCCGAAUGCGAAAGCGAAAGCGAAGGCGAAGCCACCAUCAUCGGUGAAGAUAUUCGUAUAUGGAACUUUGAAACAGGGGUUCCCUAACCACCCCCUCCUGCAAGAUAUGAUGGCGACGGGCGACGCCAGCUUCCUCGGCUCCUGCCGCACCGUGCAGAGGCUCCCUCUCAUCUGCGGGCCCUACCGCGUCCCCUUCCUCCUAAACUUCCCGGGCCGGGGCCAGCGCGUCUUCGGCGAGCUCUACGCCGUGUCGGCCGCGGCGCUGGCCAAGAUCGACGAGCUGGAAGGCGUUGUGAAGGGGCACUACGAGAGGCUUGCGGUGGAGGUGGAGGUGGCAUUGGAGGGGGAGGAGGAGGCGGCGGCGGCGGAAGCCUACUACGGGCACCGGAGCUACGCGGAGGCGCUGUGGAGGAGGAGCGGGGAGGAGGGGUACGAUUGCUACACGGAGGGAGUGGCGGGGGGGUACGUGAGGCGCAAAGAUAGGCCGCACCACCUCACCUUCUUGGACCAUAUCCACCAUUACGUUUCUUCUUCUUCAGAUUCGUCGACAGUCCCAAAUUCUGAUUGAUUGAUUGAUUGAUUGAUGCAUCUAUGAGCCAUCAUCAUCUUUCAUUGUGUUAUUCCUUAAUGUAAUGUAAUGUAUGUAAUCAUGAUAUGCAACAACAGACAGACAGUAAGUCUAGUCCGCUUUGGCUCUCGAUUGAAUCUGCUGCUGCUGCUGCUGCUGCUGCAUUGUCA